CCGCGGACAUCAUUAAAGUUUAACCAGGGACUCCUGUGUUUUUCAAGAGUGAACUGUAUUUUCCACACCCGGCGGGGAAUCCGGGUGCCCGGCGGCCGACUUAAGUCGUACGCGAAGUUUCCACCGCGCGGGCCGGAGGCGCCCCACCCCGGCCUCGUUCCAGGGUCAGCGGUGCGGACUGUUUGGGGAGGGGAAAGACGCGCACCCGACGUAAAGAAAGCUCCCCUGUCUGUCCGCUCGCAGCGGUCGCCGCUGGUGGCGUGGGGGUUAUUCCUUCCCACUUGCUUCUGUUGGACUGACAGUGAGGGAUUCAUUGGAUUAUUUCAAGAUGAGCUUUCUGUUGCCCAAGCUGACUAGCAAAACAGAAGUCGACGAGGCAAUAAAGAGCACUGCAGAGAAGGUGUUGGUUCUCAGGUUUGGGAGAGACGAGGAUCCUGUCUGUCUGCAACUAGAUGACAUUCUUUCCAAGACCUCUUCUGACCUGAGUAAAAUGGCUGCUAUAUAUCUGGUGGAUGUGGACCAAACUCCAGUCUAUACACACUAUUUCGACAUCAGUUACAUUCCAUCCACUGUGUUUUUCUUCAAUGGGCAGCAUAUGAAAGUGGAUUAUGGAUCACUCAGUCUGGGAGAAGCCGGAUGCCGUGGUGUGAGGACACUCAGGCAGCCCAUGGGGAGAUCCACCGACACUUUGGCCAACAGCCAGCACCACCUCAUGAGCCACGAGAGAAAAUGGGCGUCAGCGGGGAUUGGUAAAUCUCCUAAGGCGACUCCAAGUCUGCACUCUCCCCCCACCCACGGUGAGUCAUCCCUGGGGCCCUCCUGUCUGGGGGUGCAGAAGGGGGCUGGCUGAGAUGGUCAUUCUCCUGAUAUCCCUCCACCCAUCGCCUUCCUCCUGCUGGUAUGCUCAGCUCAGAGGAGUUAGGGAGUUAUACGGCCACAUAAAACAUGCUGAUUUCUGCCUCUCUGAUCAAUGAGAUGCUGCCUGGCCCUCCUGGGUGGCAAGCCACCUGGAGCUGGAGAGCAGUCCUCUCCCAGAUGGAGCUGGGCCAUUUGCCACCGACAGCAGAGCCAGAUGAACCCCAUGUUCUGCACAUGUGAUUUUCCUGCCAAAAUGGGCACUGGGCUAUCUAUCUAAGUCACACCCUGGGUGACACCCCCACCCCCAUCUUCAAAGUAGCAACACUUUCGUUCUUUCUCGUGUCUCUUUCAAGGACCCUUUAUUAGAUUAGACCCACAUGGAUAAUCUAUCUUCAAGAGGGUUCCUGUCUUAAACCAUUCGACAGCACAGUCCUGGGAAUGUAGGUCCCAGGGGUUAGGGCAGGGCAUCUGGGGACAGGAGGCAUUUUAGAAGUUCUGCUCCCAUGGCCUGGCAUCAGAUGGACGCAACUGUAUCAGUGCC